ACCAACACGAAGAAUCAACAUCAACCACAGAUGAAGAGACAGACCCACAGAACAGAGAUCAGAAUAAGAGAAGAGACAGAAGUCAUGUCCAAAGUGUGGACACUUCUCACAUGUCUGAACGCAAAGAAUCUUCUAAACAGAAAAGACAUUCCUCUUUCAAGGCUGGCGAAAAUUCAAGAAUAGCUAACAAACUUUCUAAUGUGACAUUUCAUACAGGAGAGAAGCGAUUUUCAUGUAAAGAAUGUGAUAAAAGUUUUAGUCUAAGAUCAGUUCUCAAAACACACAUGAGAAUUCAUACAGGAGAAAAGCCUUUUGCUUGUAAAGUAUGCGAUAAAAGUUUUAUUCAAUUAUCACAUAUCCAAAGGCACAUGAGAACUCACACAGGAGAAAAGCCUUUUUCUUGUAAAGAAUGUGAUAAAAGUUUUAGUCAAUUAUCUGAUCUCCAAAGACACAUGAGAACUCAUCUAGGAGAAAAGCCUUUUUCUUGUAAAGAAUGUCUUAAAGGUUUUAGUGAUUUAUCCAAUCUCAAAUCCCAUAUGAGAAUUCACACAGGAGAAAAGCCUUUUUCUUGUAAAGAAUGUGACAAACGUUUUAAUACUACAUCUCACCUCAAAACCCACAUGAGAACUCACACAGGUGAAAAGCCUUUUUCUUGUAAAGAAUGUGACAAAAGUUUUAAUAGUACAUCUCAUCUCAAAAAACACACGAGAACUCACACAGGAGAAAAGCCUUUUUCUUGUAAAGAAUGUGACAAAAGUUUUAGACAAAGUUUUAAUCUCAAAACACACAUGAGAACUCACACAGGAGAAAGGCCUUUUUCUUGUAAAGAAUGUGACAAAAGUUUUAAUCGUACAUCUCUUCUUAAAAAACACAUGAUAACUCACACAAGAGAAAAACAUUUUAAAACAGUUGUAUAAAGGAUUUAUUAAAAACUUUAAACUCAAGAAAACAUGGAGCAGAGAACUUGUGCAGUAAAAAACACAGGGUUUACAUGAGAAGAGGGAAAUAUUUGGAAGAAGUACACAUUUUCUUCCAUAAAGACAAGCUAGUAUUUGAAAUUAUGAUUUUUAGAUUGAAAUAUUUUAAGCCUUGGUUUUAUGGUGCCAUAAACGUAUGGGAUAUAUACCGCUUAUAUACCUUAUUUGAAAGCCUUAAGUAUUUAACAGUCAGUCCCAUUCACCCCCACACACACCCUUUCACACUGAUGGCAGCUGUGCUGUCUCACACUGGCACCAACCUGUAACCACCAGCAUUAAUGAGGGGGCCAGUUUUGUCCAAUGACACUUUGACACAUGGACAGGCAAAGUGUUAAUUGAACCUGCGGUAUUCUUAUCAGAGGUUGACCACUCUACUUCUGCAGCACAGCCGAUGACUUUGGUUACUGUAUUUCAGAAAAUUUGAAUAAUUUAUUUUUAUAUUUUAGUUAAUUUUUAGAUUACAUGAACACAGAACAACAGACUGUUGGCCUCCAAAACACAUUGAUGCAGUCAUUCAAUUAAAAAGAGACACAAGUUAGUAUAGAACACAUAACAAUGAACAGUUUUCUAAAAGCUAACAUGAGCUGAAAACAUCCCUUUUUUCAUGGGAUUGAUAUAAUAUUCUGUUUUUUUUACACCCUUUUUUAUUUUAUAUUCUUUAAGCAACAAUUAUCAAAACCCAAGAAAAAAAGAACCAAUAUAUUUAAAUCUAUGUGUAAAGAUACUAGAUAAUGAGUUUUGCUGCUUUCAUGGACAAAAAUGGUAAAAUAAUUUUGCAAAAUGAAUUCUUUCAGAUGUACCUGUUAAUAGAAAUGUGCUGUUUUGUAUUAUUAGUGAAAUCUUGAACGGAUUCAAUGUGGUUGUAGUUUAUGCUGAGAUGAGUAGAUGAGUAUGUUGUUCAUCUGUGUGUUACCAUGACAACACUAGAAAGAUUUUGUAGAUGUCUUUACUUCUGACACUUUUUAUGUGAUCAGUGAACGUUUGAUUAUUUUAAACAGAAAGUAGUUACUGCAGUUUAUGUUUUGUUAGACCAAGUUUUGUGAGGAAAAGAUUUUCCUAAAAAUGUAUGAAAGAAAAGGCGGCUAAAGAACCAGACUGGUGUUUGUGUCUGAUGUUCUUGUGAUUCAUGUUUUCUGGAAGACAUUAGAACUGUUCCUCUGUUCUUUUUGGUUCUCAGUGUUCUGUACCAAUCUUUACUGUGAAGAAUAAAGUGGACGUGAACAUCA